AGGUAAACGGCACGGUGAAUCAGCUGGUAACGCGUUGGCCUCACAGUUCUGAGGACACGGGUUCAAUCCCGGCCUCGCCUGUGUGGAGUUUGCGUGUUCUCCCCGUGCCUACGUUCAGGGUGUACCCCGCCUCCUACCCGUUGACUGCUGCGAUAGCCUCCGGCGCUCCCCGCGACCCUCGUUUGGAUAAGCGGCAAUGAAAACGGACGGGUGGAUAGAAAGCAUCCUGCCGGACGAGUCGGCGUUUUCCGACUUCAAGGCGAAGUGCUUGUCCGCGGAGAAUUGGCUGAGCAAGUACAACAGCCACGGGAUGCAGGUGUGGAUCGAAGUGCCCGCCGACAAGGGCAACCGCGUCGGGCCCAAAGUGCACAAGAUCAAGUGUAAAAUAACGAUCAAAGACGUAUCUGCGGCGACCAUGUACGACGUCAUCCACGACAGCGAGUACCGGAAGACGUGGGACCCCGCGAUGGUGGAGAGCUUCGACAUCGCCCGCGUGUCCGCCUGCGCCGACCUGGGCUACUACUCAUGGAGUUGUCCGAAGCCGAUCAAGAACCGAGAUGUGGUGACGCUGCGCUCGUGGCGCGUGACGGACGACGACUACGUCAUCAUCAACUUCUCGGUCAAACAUCCGAAAUUCCCGCCUCGCACCGACGUGGUGAGAGCCGUUUCCGUCCUCACGGGUUACUACGUCAAGCCCACGGGGCCCAGCAGCUGCGUUUUCAUCUAUCUCUCGCAAGCCGACCCCAAAGGUUCUCUUCCGAAGUGGCUCGUAAACAAAGCUUCUCAAGUCCUGGCGCCGCGGGUGAUGAAGUGCAUCCACGCGGCGGCCCAGAAGUACCCGGAGUGGAAGCGUCACAACUGUCCGGAGCACAAGCCGUGGCUGUUCCCCGAGCAGUGCGCCCUGCCCCGCAUGGACCCCUCCGAGCUGGCCAUCCAGCGCGGCGACUCGCUGGAGAACCUGGACGAGAGCUCCGAGCAGGACGCCGACCCUCAGGAAUGACCCCUUUACACGUUUGGGGAAGUCGCUCCGCAAAAGAUGAAUAGCUCCAUAUUUUGUCCUUUUGUAUACAUACACACACUUUUGGUACUUGUUUUGGGCAUUCUUGCUGCACUAUACAUUUUUUUACAGCUGUUAUUUUUGUUUUUCCCUGUCGGGCCCUUUUGAUGAAAGAGAUUUUGGGUCCCAUGGAGAGCAGCGCACAUGAAAUUGAUACAUUUUUUUGGAAGGAAAAUAUAAAAAUGAUGAGCUGUGCGUUUAUUAUUACUGCGGUUUUUACUUUUGGUGGCACGCCUUUUUUUUUUUUUUUUUACAUGGAAUACUGGUAUACUGAAGUGAAGUCACUGUAAAUAGUAUUUUUUUUUGCCUCUACUGUGUCGUUUUCAUAUCUGGUUACUUGAGUGAAGUAUUUAUUUGACGUUUCUGAUAUUGAGGAAACGACUCUGAAAUGAAGCCCGGCGGCGGACGGAUUUUUCUGAUGUCGGGCCGACGUCCGCUUGUGAACUUUUGGGGAGGAAAAAUAAACUGAGCAAGAUGGACUAGUUUCCUCGUUUUUGCCGUCAUUACAAUUUUAUUACCAAAUUAACAUAGGUGAGCGACUACAACAUAUUACAAAAAAAAAUCAAUUUUAACAAUAAAAUGAAAUUUACAGUCUAUUCAAUUAUAAUAAUUAUUAUCCUUUUUUUAAUACUAAUUCACUUGUCUGCACUAGUACACUGUUUUUCCUUAUAAAGGAACACAUUUCAGGAUACUAGUAGACAGACCUGGGCACGCUUCUGCCUACUAGUGGAACGACAACUACACACUAGCACUAGUAGGAUGCAUAUGUCGUCUACUGCGUGGUUCUGGCUCACUAUUAACAUCCAAUAUUUGUUUUACUAGUGCACCAUAGCAUUCUUUUCACCCACCUUUCAUCCAUGGACUAGUAUACGCACUCUGUCCUUCCUAGUAAGGCAAGUCAACACACUAGUAGAAUGAUUAAAUGUUACGAGUGAGCCAAAACUGUGCAUUAGUUGACAACUGCCUGCUAUUAUUACGACUGAGUUAAUCAAACAUCUAGUGCAUAGGUCUCAAACUCAAGGCGCAGGGGCCAGAUCCGGUCCGCCACAUGAUUUUAUGCGGCCUGCGAAGCCAAAUGUAGUGUGUCAAUUUUGAUGAUUUUUGUCAAAAUUUGUACCAAAAUUUCAAAUUGUCAUACAUUAGAAAUGAUAAAGUUGCAAUACUACAAGCAUUUUUGUGUUACCAACCGUGAAUAGUUGAAAAACACGUUACCCUUGAUCUCUGAUUCCAAAACUAGUACAUAAAAUGAUGAUGAAAAUAUGAUAAGAUGAUUAAAUAUUUUUGCUCCACAGUCAUAACAUCCCUCAGAGGGAAACCGGAACAACAAUGUGGCCGGCGAGAAAAAUGAGUUUGACACCCCUGAUCUAGUGCUUCACUAGCAGCACUAGAAUCAUAGCACCAAGUGCAGUUUUGUCCCACUAGUAACACAGUGCUACCAGUAACCCUUUGUCAUUGUACUAGUGUGAUGAAUCGUCCAUGUGCUAGUACGCUUUGUCCUCACCAGUAAGACAAUUCAGCACACUAGUAGAAUGAGGAAAUGUUACGAGUGAGCCAAAACUAUGCACUAGUUGACAAUUGCCUGCUAUCAGUACUACUGAGUUAACUAGUUGACAUCUAGUGCUUCACUAGAAUCAUCGCACCAAGUUCUCAAAUAGCCCAGUUUUGUCCCACUAGUGCUACCAGUAACCCUUUGUCAUUGUACUAGUGUGCUGAAUCGUCCAUGUGCUUGCAGGCUUUGUCCUCACCAGUAAGACAAUUCAGCACACUAGUCGAAUGGCAACGGCACACUGGUGCAGUAACUAGUGCGCUAGUGAUGACAUAAUAUUCCCACAUCCUUAAUCGAGCGCUCCUGCUGGCUACUUUUGAACCAAUCAAAGUGGUUUAGGAAUUAUCAGUAAUCAGAAUAUCAUCGUCUUUAUAUUUUUUGAUUUUAGUGAAAAUGUCCAAAAAUGCAAGCAAAUUUGAAAUAAUUUCAAUUGUGUUUUAUCCCUUUUAAACCACUAUCAAUUUGAUUUGUUACCUUUGUUGGAAAAAUGUAAUUUUUUUUCCUCCAAAGAUAAGCACGUUUCCAAGUCACCUCAAUUUUAUUCUCAGCAUUUGUGUAUGUAAUUCAAAAUUUGCUUAUUUCACACCGAUGAAAACACCAAACCCGCAGAAAACUGAUGCUUUAAAAAACUUGGAUUUUCAUAUUUGUAAGCGUCACACAACAUGGGGG